AUGAAUCUUAAAAUGUCAUCCCAUUUAUCUUCAACAAUGAUGGUACUAAAUUCAAUAUUAGAUAAAACAUAUUCAUAUUCACCUAUUGUUAUAUUUGGUGAGAUCUUCGAAAAUUCAAAUGUGUGUCUUGGUUUUAUUGUGUCUCAUUUAGGAAAUUCCUGUGAAAAUAAAUCUGAAUCACCAUUUAUUAAG